UCUGCGCAGCUGGGAGGGCGGAGCCGCGCGAUCCCGGGCUCGGGGAGGGGGGCGGCCAUGGGCGGCUGAGGGGUGCCCAGUCCAGAAGCGGCCCGGGCCGGCGGCCAUGGCCGAGGACUACUGGGACUCGCCACCGCAGUAGCCGCCGCCAAGUGACUUCAGCCGUUUCCCCACCAUGGAUCGGAUGAAGAAGAUCAAGCGGCAGCUGUCCAUGACGCUGCGUGGGAGCCGGACAGCAGAGAAAAACCUCAAUGAGCCCAUCAACCUAGAGGAGAACAACAGCAGCAGCGAUAAUGGCCCCACAGGGAAGAGCGUGCGCCCCAGCACCUCCCGCAGCGUCCACGCCCUCCUGCACCGCUACGCAGGCUCCUUCCGCAGGCCCCGACUGGCCGUCAGCCGCAGCCUGAGCGCCCACCUCAACCGCUCCGCCCGACUAGAAAUUGUCCACGAAGACCUCAAGAUGGGUUCAGAUGGUGAGAGCGACCAGGCGUCAGGGACAUCAUCUGAUGAGGUGCAAUCUCCAGUCCGAGUGCGCAUGAGGAACAACCCAGCGCGCAAGAUCUCCACCGAGGACAUUAACAAGCGCCUGUCACUUCCCGCUGAUAUCCGCCUGCCGGAAGGUUACCUCGAGAAGCUCACUCUAAACAGCCCCCUGUUUGACAAGCCCUUGAGCAGACGGUUACGGAGAGUCUCUUUGUCGGAGAUUGGCUUUGGGAAGCUGGAGACGUAUGUGAAGCUGGACAAGCUGGGAGAAGGGACGUACGCCACAGUCUACAAGGGGAAGAGCAAACUCACCGAUAACCUGGUGGCCUUGAAGGAGAUCCGUCUUGAGCACGAAGAAGGAGCACCUUGCACAGCCAUUCGGGAAGUUUCACUUCUGAAAGAUCUGAAACAUGCCAACAUUGUGACCCUGCAUGAUAUCAUCCAUACAGAGAAAUCCCUCACGCUUGUCUUCGAGUAUUUAGAUAAAGAUCUGAAACAGUAUCUUGACGACUGCGGCAAUGUAAUAAAUAUGCACAAUGUGAAGCUGUUCCUCUUCCAGCUGCUGCGUGGCCUCGCCUACUGCCACCGUCAGAAGGUGCUGCAUCGAGACCUCAAGCCCCAGAACUUGCUCAUUAAUGAGAGAGGGGAGCUCAAACUAGCAGAUUUUGGUCUGGCCCGGGCAAAAUCCAUUCCCACCAAGACCUACUCCAAUGAAGUUGUGACACUUUGGUACCGACCCCCAGAUAUACUAUUGGGCUCGACAGAAUACUCCACCCAGAUUGACAUGUGGGGUGUGGGCUGCAUCUUCUAUGAGAUGUCCACAGGACGGCCGCUCUUCCCAGGCUCCACAGUUGAGGAGCAGCUGCACUUCAUCUUUCGGAUAUUGGGGACUCCCAACGAAGAGACAUGGCCUGGAAUCCAGUCUAAUGAAGAAUUCCGAGCCUAUAAUUACCCUAAAUACCGUCCCGAGGCCCUCAUCAACCAUGCCCCAAGGCUGGAUAGCGAAGGGGCUGACCUCCUGGGGAAGCUGCUGCAGUUUGAGGGCAGGAAGCGGAUCUCUGCAGACGAGGCCAUGCGGCACCUGUUCUUCCACAGUCUGGGCGAACGAGUCCUCAAACUCCCAGACACAACGUCAAUAUUUGCACUAAAGGAGAUUCAGUUACAGAAAGAGACGGGCCUGAGAUCGGCUUCCCUGCCCGAAUCAGUGAAUGGGCAGAACGGACGACCAAGCCUGCUGCUUUGAAACCUGUGGAUUGGGGUUGGUGGGGGCAGGAGCUAAGAUAGCUCCCCCACCCCGCGGACACUCCCACUGCCGGCUUCUCCAUAUCAGACGGUGGAGCAAGGACUUGUGCUGGGAUUUCGUAGGGGUGAGGGCUGGGGGCAACGAUGCCAAGCAGAAGUGCAGCCUGCCCCAGCACCCGACAGCCAGGCACGGAUGCCCUCUGCUGCUGUGGAAUGGACUGCCCCCCCCCACGUGGUGUUUCAUUUUAUUUUUUAAGUUUUAUUUUUUCAAUGCAAUACUAUAAAUAUUAUAUUUGCAAAUAUCUAUAGAGAGACA